AGGCUGCUCAAGAGAACCAAAGACGCGUUGCUUUUCUGUCCACUAGGGGGCUACUUGUAGAAGGCUGGGAAAAACAGCUUAAAAAAAUAUGCUGCUGAAAUUUCAGUAAGAGGGGAAAAGAGAGAGCUUGUGAGAGACAGCAGAGCGGUCCCAGACUUCCUCAUCUCGUUCACGUCAGAGGCAGGAACGGACUGUGCUAAGGCUGUUGGCUCAACACGCAGAGACAGAGCCGAACAGCCUCAGAGACAGGGAAAGAAGAGGAUCUCCCUAACCCAAGAAAUUACCACGAGUGGAGUAAAGCCAUCUGACUUUUUGGUCUUAUUUUGGUUGCCUCUUUUCUCCUUCUACUGGUAGACCUACCUACCAGCUGCCGUUUCGUUUCUUUCGUGAAGCCUUCUCUCUGCCUCUCAGUAAAAAGAGGAAGGGAAGAGAGGGAGAGAGGUGGGCGCUCUAGGUGAGCGCAUCAGCUGGCUCCAGCUCGAACAGACAAGAAUUCUCUGCCUAGGAAGCUGCUCUCGCUCUCCGGCUACCCACCCCCCAACCUGGGUGCCUGCAUUCAUUGCUCAGAGGUCGGAUCUCAUCUGGAGUUAGACUCACAGAGCACGUGGUCAAGAGAAAUCAUCAGAGAGGACGACAUCACGAGAUUCCUAUAACUCCAUGUUGGCUACUACCAAAAGCUCUUGAACCAAGCUCUGGCUAAGAAGAUGGGGAUCGAAGGGGAAACAGUAGUCUUGAAGAACAUGCUCAUUGGUGUAAACCUGAUCCUGCUGGGAUCCAUGCUCAAGCCUUCUGAAUGCCGGCUGGAAGUGACUACAGAAAGGGUCCAGAGACAAACUGUGGAGGAGGAAGGAGGGGCUUCCAGCUACAACACAUCCAGCAAGGAACAGCCUAUGGUCUUUAACCAUGUGUACAACAUCAAUGUGCCACUCGAAAGCCUCUGCUCCUCGGGGCUGGAGGCCUCAGCUGAGCAGGACGUGAGUGCCGAAGAUGAUACUCUGGCAGAAUACACAGGCCAAACCUCAGACCAUGAAAGCCAGGUCACCUUCACCCACAAGAUCAACCUCCCCAAAAAAGCCUGCCCAUGUGCAAGCUCUGCCCAGGUACUGCAGGAACUGUUGAGCCGAAUCGAGAUGCUGGAGAGGGAGGUGUCAGUGCUGCGAGACCAGUGCAACACCAACUGCUGUCAGGAAAGUGCUGCCACAGGACAACUGGACUAUGUCCCUCACUGCAGCGGCCAUGGCAACUUUAGCUUCGAGUCCUGUGGCUGCAUCUGCAAUGAAGGCUGGUUUGGCAAGAACUGCUCAGAGCCCUACUGCCCAUUGGGCUGCUCCAGUCGGGGUGUAUGUGUCGAUGGCCAGUGCAUUUGUGACAGUGAAUACAGCGGAGAUGACUGUUCAGAGCUCCGGUGCCCAACAGACUGCAGUUCCCGAGGGCUCUGUGUGGAUGGGGAAUGUGUCUGUGAAGAGCCCUACACAGGCGAGGACUGCAGGGAGCUGCGUUGCCCUGGGGACUGUUCAGGGAAGGGGCAAUGUGCCAAUGGUACCUGCCUGUGCCAAGAGGGCUAUGCUGGUGAGGACUGCAGUCAGCGACGGUGUCUGAAUGCUUGCAGUGGGCGAGGUCACUGCCAGGAGGGGCUCUGCAUCUGUGAGGAGGGCUACCAGGGCCCUGACUGCUCAGCAGUUACCCCUCCAGAGGACUUGCGAGUGGCUGGUAUCAGCGACAGGUCCAUUGAGCUGGAAUGGGACGGGCCGAUGGCAGUGACGGAAUAUGUGAUCUCUUACCAGCCGACGGCCCUGGGGGGCCUUCAGCUCCAGCAGCGGGUGCCUGGAGAUUGGAGUGGUGUCACCAUCACGGAGCUGGAGCCAGGUCUCACCUACAACAUCAGCGUCUACGCUGUCAUUAGCAACAUCCUCAGCCUUCCCAUCACUGCCAAGGUGGCCACUCAUCUUUCUACUCCUCAAGGGCUACAGUUCAAGACGAUCACAGAGACCACCGUGGAAGUGCAGUGGGAGCCCUUCUCUUUCUCCUUCGAUGGGUGGGAGAUCAGCUUCAUUCCAAAGAACAAUGAAGGAGGGGUGAUAGCUCAGCUCCCCAGCGAUGUUACGUCCUUUAACCAGACGGGACUGAAACCUGGGGAGGAGUACAUUGUGAAUGUUGUAGCGCUAAAGGAACAAGCCCGGAGCCCUCCGACCUCUGCCAGCGUCUCCACUGUCAUUGACGGGCCCACACAGAUCCUGGUUCGAGAUGUCUCUGAUACUGUGGCCUUUGUGGAAUGGACCCCACCUCGAGCCAAAGUUGAUUUCAUUCUAUUAAAAUACGGCUUGGUGGGUGGCGAAGGUGGGAAGACUACCUUCCGGCUGCAGCCUCCCCUAAGCCAGUACUCAGUGCAAGCCCUUAGACCUGGCUCCCGCUACGAGGUGUCCAUCAGCGCAGUCCGGGGGACCAAUGAAAGUGAUGCCUCAAGCACCCAGUUUACAACAGAGAUUGAUGCUCCCAAGAAUUUGCGAGUGGGUUCCCGCACAGCGACUAGCCUCGACCUCGAAUGGGAUAAUAGCGAGGCUGAAGCUCAGGAGUACAAGGUUGUGUACAGCACCCUAGCCGGGGAGCAGUACCAUGAAGUGCUGGUACCCAAAGGCAUUGGUCCAACUACCAAGACUACCCUCACAGAUCUGGUUCCAGGCACAGAAUAUGGAGUUGGAAUAUCUGCGGUAAUGAACUCGAAACAAAGCAUUCCUGCUACCAUGAAUGCCAGGACUGAGCUUGACAGUCCCCGAGACCUCAUGGUAACAGCCUCCUCAGAGACCUCUAUCUCUCUCAUCUGGACGAAGGCCAGUGGUCCUAUUGAUCACUACCGAAUUACUUUUACUCCAUCUUCUGGGAUCUCCUCAGAAGUCACUGUGCCUAGGGAUAGGACUUCAUAUACACUGACAGAUCUAGAGCCUGGAGCAGAAUACAUCAUCUCCAUUACUGCUGAGAGGGGUCGGCAGCAGAGCCUGGAGUCUACUGUGGAUGCCUUCACAGGCUUCCGCCCUAUCUCCCACUUGCACUUUUCUCAUGUGACCUCCUCCAGUGUCAACAUCACCUGGAGUGACCCAUCUCCCCCAGCAGACAGACUCAUUCUGAACUACAGCCCCAGGGAUGAAGAGGAGGAGAUGAUGGAGGUCCUCUUGGAUGCCACCAAGAGGCACGCCGUCCUAAUGGGUCUACAGCCAGCCACUGAAUAUAUAGUGAACCUCGUAGCUGUCCAUGGAACAGUAACCUCUGAACCCAUAGUGGGUUCUAUCACUACAGGAAUUGAUCCUCCCAAAAACAUCACAAUUAGCAACGUGACUAAGGACUCCCUGACAGUUUCCUGGAGCCCUCCUGUUGCGCCUUUUGAUUACUACCGAGUAUCCUAUCGACCCACCCAAGUGGGGCGGCUGGACAGCUCUGUGGUGCCCAACACUGUGACAGAGUUCACCAUCACCAGGCUCUAUCCAGCUACUGAAUAUGAAAUAAGCCUCAACAGUGUACGUGGCAGGGAGGAGAGUGAACGCAUCUGCACCCUGGUGCACACAGCCAUGGAUAGCCCCAUGGAUCUAAUUGCUACCAACAUCACGCCAACAGAAGCCCUGCUCCAGUGGAAGGCACCCAUGGGUGAAGUGGAAAAUUAUGUCAUUGUCCUCACCCACUUUGCCAUGGCUGGAGAGACCAUCCUGGUUGAUGGGGUCAGUGAAGAAUUCCAGCUUGUAGACCUGCUUCCUAGGACCCACUACACUGUCACCAUGUAUGCUACAAGUGGGCCUCUCGUGAGUGGCACCAUUGCCACCAACUUCUCCACCCUCCUGGACCCUCCCGCCAACCUGACAGCCAGUGAAAUCACCAGGCAAAGCGCACUGAUCUCCUGGCAGCCACCAAGAGCUGCGAUUGAAAACUAUGUCUUGACAUACAAGUCCACCGAUGGAAGCCGCAAGGAGUUGAUUGUGGAUGCUGAGGACACCUGGAUCCGACUGGAGGGCCUGUCGGAGAACACAGACUACACAGUGCUCCUGCAGGCAGCUCAGGAGGCCACAAGGAGCAGCCUCACCUCUACUAUCUUUACCACAGGGGGCCGGGUGUUCUCUCAUCCUCAAGACUGUGCCCAGCACUUGAUGAAUGGAGACACUCUGAGUGGAGUUUACACCAUCUUCCUCAAUGGGGAGCUAAGCCACAAGUUGCAAGUAUACUGCGACAUGACCACAGAUGGGGGCGGCUGGAUUGUAUUCCAGAGGCGGCAAAAUGGCCAAACUGAUUUUUUCCGGAAAUGGGCAGAUUAUCGUGUUGGCUUUGGGAAUCUGGAGGAUGAGUUUUGGCUAGGGCUAGACAACAUCCACAGGAUAACAGCCCAGGGCCGCUAUGAGCUGCGUGUGGAUAUGCGGGAUGGACAGGAGGCCGUCUUUGCCUACUAUGACAAGUUCGCUGUGGAGGACAGCAGAAGCCUGUACAAGCUCCGUAUAGGAGGCUACAACGGCACUGCAGGUAUUUGUGGGCUGACCCCAGGAGCACUGGGUGUGUAUUCCAGUUCUAAGCUGCAACAGAACCAACAGAAUUCGAGACUCCUCAGCUAUCACCAGGGGACGCCCUUUUUCUCCACUGAGGACAGAGACAAUGAUGUUGCAGUCACCAACUGUGCCAUGUCAUACAAGGGUGCUUGGUGGUAUAAGAACUGCCACCGGACCAACCUCAACGGGAAGUAUGGGGAGUCCAGGCACAGUCAGGGGAUCAACUGGUACCAUUGGAAAGGCCAUGAAUACUCCAUCCCCUUUGUAGAAAUGAAGAUGAGGCCCUACAUCCAUCGUCUCACAGCCGGGAGGAAACGGCGAGCCUUGAAAUUCUGAGCACUGGGCAGCCAGCCACCAGCCAAACGAUCUUUUCUGUCAUUUGUUUGUAUUUUAUAAUAUGAGACAAGGGGGGAGGGGCAACAGUAAUGUGCUUCACAACAUAUUCAGACUAUCUGAAGGAAGCAGGGAUCAGUUAGGUACCAUCUGCUCCUAAUUUCUGCUGCCUUGGAGCCUGACUCUCAGGCUACAUGCUCCCUGCUAACCAGUCCUGCCUGAUCACCCCCCUCUUUUCUCACAGAGGAGGUAAACUGGGGAGUUAAAACAAAAACAGGCCAUGAAGUACAGAUUGUUAUGGUGAUGGGCACACACACAACUUUCUCUGCUCCCUCUUCUGAGAUACUAUCCAACUUCUAAGAAAUAGUAAUCUGGUCACUGCUGACCAUGACCAGGUGACCACACUAUCCCAGAGAAGAUUCAACAAGAAAGCUUGGCUAAUCUUCUCUUAAGAGGAAAGAUACCCACCACACUCUGGCACAACAGCCCAAGUUCACUUCAAUGGGCUAAAGAUUCUCACAUUCUGACACUUAACUUUUAGGAAGAGUGGCCUCUCUUCCAGCCCCCGCCCCUCCACUAGAUCCUAUAGAUCUACCAACCCAACUAUUGUUUAGAACUCCAGUUACCAAAGCUUGUCUGAUCCUGGCCCUGGGUCACAUAAGAGCUGUGCCCUGAGUGUCAUAAGCUAUUGUCAUGGAAUAACUUUCUUUGGUGGUGAGACUUGGGGAAGGGAAUUUUUUCUAGCACAUUUGCACCAGGUAUUGACAAAGGACAGGAGUAGAAAUGAAGGCACCUACCAGGGAGUCCUUAGGUCCCAUUGGAAACUGACCUUGCUUAGUGCUACUUCGUACAUUUAUGAUCUGAUUUACCAUGGACUCCUUUCCCUGAUCCCUAGCUGAAGGUCUCUAGUUCUGUACCCAGCCAGGCUCUCCUCAGUGUAAGUGGCUUCAUAAGAAUCAGGGGGGAAAAUUGUCUGAGCCAUUUCCCUGACUGAUUACCCUGGGAGGAGACAGAAUAUUUGUCCAGGACUUUUGUUUGUUUGCUUUGAUCCUGUAGUAAACAGAAAUGACCCCCUCAAUGAGGUGAGAUCAUGAGAAACAUUUUCCAUCUCCCUCUGUUAUCCUGCUUUGAGAAGAAAAAUGAAAAGUGCCAGAGGAAAUUGCAUUUAGAACUCCAAAGGUGAGAGGAGUGAUCUCCCCGCCCCCCACAUGAUUUGAUUCUUAAGCCCUGGAGAACUGGAGGCUAUAGAAGCCAUGACCUUUCAGCUUCUCCUCAAAUAAAAAACAAGCCAGUCUUCCCUGCAGCAUCUGCCCAAACUGUGCCAAGCUUCUCAACUGCCUUCUCCCUGUCUUUAUGUCCUCUCCCAUCUCUGAGGACCCAGUGUGUGCUAUAGGGCCCGUGACUACCAUCUAGGGCGUCUUAUACCUGUGCCAACCAUUUCCUGAACAAGUUGGCAUCUUGAAAUAGAAAUAGCUACCAUUUAACCAAACUUUGAGCAAGAAGCAACAGUCCUCCUGGGCUGAUGAUCACCUGCUUAGCAUCAUGACAUUGGAGUUAGCUUGCCAUUUUCUGUAACCUCCCCCAUUUUUGUGAUGCAGACCCAGUGACCUAUUCAAGGCCAAAAACACAGAUGGAGUUUUCACUUUUUAAUCCAUCAUGGACUUCAAACAGCUAAGAGAGGGAGGAAGAAAGGGAAGCCUAUAGGUUAUAUAAAAUUUAACUAGAUGUAGGCCAACCAUGCAGAACCAGCGGUAAGCGCUCUCAAAGGACUUGAGGGGUGUGAUACAGGGCCACCUCUGACACCAUGACAGCUACAAGUCCUUGAUGGAUUUGUUCAAAUCUCUGGGACACGGUUUCCUCACCUAGUUGAAUUAGAGUUUAGACCAAAAGAACUUCUAAUGCCCCUUUAACAGUCAAUAAUGUUAAUCUGUGAUAAGAAAACAGAAUCAACGUUGGCCUUGGUGAGCCAUCAUAAUUAAGGAAAAGCCAGAAUCCUUGUGAAGGAGAUGGGGAAAGGGAAGGAAAGGAAGAAGGGAGGAAAGAGACUGACUCAGAACGCUCUGUGUCUCUCAUACACACACACACACACACACACACACACACACACACACACACACACACACACACCAAAAACAAUGCUAAAAGAAGCUGAAGUCAUUAUGUCUACAAAAGCAGAGCCAAGGACCUGGGUGUGGCUGAACAGCCCACCUCAUCAAGGGAGCUGAAAUGGAACAAAAUUUUGUAGUCAUCACUUCCAGGAAAAAAAAAA